GUCGGAAAUUCGGAUCUUCGCGUAUAUUUUCCAGCCAGACCCCCAGCCUUGCCCGUCUUCUCGAGGAAACCCAUUUACAAUGUCGCCCAUACGCAGGAUUGUGCCAGCCACUGCUGCCACUGGUGCCAUUAGUGUAGGGUUUGGCAUAUUCUACACAACGUCCGACAUCAAAUCAACACCCGUCUCUGCAACUGACCCUAUCUUCAAUUCCAACUUCUACAAGAGGUAUAAUCCCAACGACAAUCCGCCGAUCCAUGACUUGCACGUCAUCAGACUGCCAUUGAACCAAAUCGACUCCACGCUGCUGCAGGAUCCGAACAAGCUGCUCGAAAGAUACUGUGGGGGGAUAUGGGCAGGAGCUGGAUUCACUCCACAAAGAAUCCUUCACACAUGGUUCGAGCAGCCAAACGCGAACAAGUCACAGCUUUGGUCCCGUGCCGAGCUGCUACAGUCUGAUUACAAGAUAGACACUGAUAUCGCGGGAAACUUUGAGGUGGUCGAUCGGUCAGAAGAAUCCAUUCUCAUUCGUGGCGGCGAUAAAACAUCCAACCGUGGUCUGCGUGUUCUCGAUGGAUUGAUCGAGCUUACUGCUCGCAUUGACAGGGAAAGGGAUGUGGCAGAGUUUGGGUUCAAAUCGCUUUUCUUCCAAGGAGCUGGAACAACGAGGGAGCUUCCGAUGCCUGGGCCUGUGGUAUGGUUGCAUGAGCUGUAUGCGAAGAUUCUGUUGAGAUCGGGUGUACGUUAUGUCCUCGGAUAGGGAUGCAAACUGGACUAUCAUUUUUGAUAUUCUACAAAGUAUACUUGCUCCCCGAAAAGCACGGAACCAGACAACCAGGCAAAUCCCUCGCAAUAAGACAUUUGAACCGCCAGCCCGUGCAAUGGCCUGCAAGCAGUACCUUGGGCUCCAGCUUUUUCAGAUCCGCCAUUGUAGCGUUCAGUUUGGCCUCGUCGGCAUCCGCCAGGUGAUACCCACCCACAACGCAGUACAAAGGGCUGCCACUGCCGAGUUUAAUCGCAUCCCGGCAAGUAUUCACGAUCCCAGCAUGACCGCAGCCGGUGAAGACAACGAGUCCCUUGC